AUGGCAAGCCAUCAUCCCUCUCCUCCAGCGGGCAUGCAGUUGCACCAUGGUCCUCCUGGUGGUCCUCCACCUCCAGGAAUGGGUCCUCAACCGCAGCAACAAUGGCCGGCGGCGCAGCAACUCGCUGCUAUGAAUGAAGCGGUGUGGCUUCAAAUAGGGAGCCUUGCAGAACUUAUGGGCAACCUCGACGAAGCUAUGGGUGCUUACGAACAUGCGCUUCGCUCCAACCCCAGGUCUAUUCCCGCGAUGAAUGCGAUCAGUGGUAUACUUCGAGCACAAGAACAAUUCCAUAAAGCCGUCGAGUACCUCCAGAGUAUCCUCAAGCUGGAUGGAAAUAAUGGCGAUGUUUGGGGAAGUCUUGGUCACUGCUACUUGAUGAUGGAUGAUUUACAACAAGCAUACUCUGCUUAUCAACAGGCCCUAUACCAUCUUCGAGACCCCAAGGAGCCGAAACUUUGGUACGGCAUUGGCAUACUCUAUGAUCGAUAUGGAUCUCUUGAGCAUGCAGAGGAAGCAUUCUCACAAGUCAUGCGAAUGCAGCCAGACUUUGAAAAGGCCAAUGAAAUUUACUUUCGUCUCGGCAUAAUUUACAAGCAGCAGCAAAAAUACCAACAAAGUCUUGAGUGUUUCCGAUAUAUUGUUUCCGUUCCACCAACUCCAUUGACGGAAGAGGAUAUUUGGUUCCAAAUUGGGCACGUCCACGAGCAGCAAAAAGAUUACGACAACGCCAAAUCGGCAUACAUGCGUGUUCUGGAACGUGACCCAAACCAUGCAAAGGUCCUUCAACAGCUUGGUUGGUUGCAUCACCAGCAGAGCAACAGCUUCACAAGCCAAGAGCGUGCUAUCGAGUAUCUUGAGAAAUCUGUCAGCUCUGACCAAAGUGAUGCACAGAGCUGGUAUUUGCUUGGACGAUGUUACAUGUCACAGCAGAAAUAUCCAAAGGCCUAUGAAGCCUAUCAGCAAGCUGUCUAUCGAGACGGACGGAACCCGACAUUCUGGUGCUCGAUUGGCGUUUUGUAUUACCAGAUCAACCAGUACCGAGAUGCACUAGAUGCAUAUUCCCGAGCGAUACGCUUGAACCCGUACAUCUCCGAGGUCUGGUACGACUUGGGAACUUUGUAUGAAUCUUGUAACAACCAGAUCAACGAUGCACUAGAUGCGUACCAACGUGCCGCAGAACUUGACCCCACCAAUGUGCACAUAAAGGCCCGACUACAAUUACUUCGCAAUGGACAGACCAAUGGCAUGCCAGUUCAAACAAGUGCACCGCUACCUCAAGAUGUCCAUCCUCAAGCAUACCAAGCUACCGGCGCCGUUGGUCCUCCAGGACCUCAGUGGGGUAACUCAGCUCCACCGCCUCCACCGCCUGGACCUCCUAAUGGACCUGUCAACGGUUGGGGAAGUCGACUUGCGGAGAUCAACCCACCGCCACAACCACCGAAUCCAUACGAUCAACGAGAGCCUGUUCGAGGUCCAAUCCCGCCCCCUCCCCGUGGACCACCAAGCCCGAGACAAGAGCCGCAAAUGAGACCAUACCCUGGCCCUGGUCCAGGUGCCGGUCCAGGCCCUGAGAGAGGCCCUCCACCUCCACCUCGUCGAUCUCCUCCACGUGAUAUGCCAGUUUCAAUGGGGGUCUAUCCGCCUCCACCUAUUCAGGGUGGUCCUCAUGGACCUCCGCCACAGAGUGCUCCAUCAGGCCCACCACCUCCGCGAGUCUCUAAUCCCAACUAUGCCGGUCCAACAGGAGGAUCAAGUUCUUCUACUACACUUCCACCCGCGCCAAGCGGUUUGAAUGGUUCAGGUGGUUUCCCACCUAUUGGCCGCGGAAACAGUCCGCGACCUGAAGUCCGUCCCAUAUCUCUUGAAGGUAGAAUGGCAUCUCCAAAGUCCGGCUAUCCACACCAACAACCACAAUAUCCUCACCAUCCUGAUAUUUCCAACCCUGGUGGUAUUGCAGGUGGUGCACCUCCUCCAGCAUCUGCUCUUGCGGCUCAGGAAGCAGUAGAGCGAGAGCGUGAUGGUGACAGACCUUCAUCCGUAGGCCCUAAAAGGAUGCGAGAGUGGGAAGAUGAGCAACUAUCGAUGAAGAAACCUGCUUCGGAUGAGAACCGAGCCCGCUUGGAAGAUACUCAUCAUCGUAGACCUUCGACGCCAGAGCCCUUCCGUCGUAGCUCUUCAGAAGUACGUCGUGCUGAGGAACAACAACGGCGUAUGGAGGAUCAACGCCGUGUGGAUGAUCAAAGACGGGCCGAAGACCAACGCCGCGUAGAAGACCAGCGUCGAGCAAACGAGAACUACCAUCCAUCUGAGGCAGCACAUCACCCUCCAAUGGGACUACAAUCUCCUUUCCCAUCCAUGGGAGGACCACCAGGACCCCCAGGACCAUUGGGACUACCGGGGCCACCAGCUGUACAUACACCUGUUCAUGAGCACCCGCCCCCUCCGCCAAAGGAAUAUGCAGUUGAGGAACGAGAGCAGCGUGAGCGUCUUGAUCACCCACCUCCGGCUCACCAACAGGCACUUCCCCCUCCGCCUCCCCCACCUGUCGGCGAGCCGGAACGGGCUGCUCGCAAGAUAGAUGUUGAUGAAGAUUAUGAUGACGAUGGGGAUGAUGAAAAAAAGGGAGGCAUUGUUUCAGCAACGGCGUCAGGACCAGCGUCUGCUUCCGGGGAAGUGAAGGCUACGUCUCCCAGUGGCGUUAACGGUCAUACAAAUGGGAUUGUUAAUGGCGGUCCUAAGGUGGAGACUGUUGCUUGA